AUGGUGAUGCUGAUGUCCUCCUGCGUCACCCUGCUCCUCUUCCAGUCUAUCCGGGAGGUGACGGGCUAUGUGCUGGUGGCUCUGAACCAGUUUGACUACCUGCCCCUGGAGAACCUGAGGAUCAUCAGAGGAACUAAGAUGUAUGAAGACCGCUACGCUCUGGCAAUCUUCCUCAACUACCGCAGAGAUGGGAACUUUGGCCUGCGCCAGCUGGGACUGAAGAACCUCACAGAGAUCCUACAAGGCGGUGUGUAUGUCGACCAGAAUAAGUUCCUGUGCCAUGCAGACACCAUCCACUGGCAAGACAUCGUCAAGAACGCCCGCGUCAGCCCUCUGGUGGUGCCCACCAAUAGCAGUGUUACGUGCCAGAAGUGUCACAAAUCCUGUAACGGUCGCUGCUGGGGCCCCAAGGAGGACCAGUGUCAAAGCUUGACUAAGACCGUGUGUGCUGAGCAGUGUGACGGUCGCUGUUUCGGACCCUGGGUUAUUAACUGCUGCCAUCGCGAGUGUGCAGGGGGAUGCUCCGGACCCAAGGAUACAGACUGCUUCGCAUGCACCAACUUCAACGACAGCGGGGCGUGUGUGACCCAGUGCCCCCAACCCUUUGUAUACAACCCUACCACCUUCCAGCUGGAAAUCAACCCCAGAGCCAAGUACACCUAUGGAGCCUUCUGUGUCAAAAAGUGCCCACAUAACUUUGUGGUGGACCACAGCUCCUGUGUGAGGGCUUGUCCCAGCAACAAGAUGGAGGUGGAGCAGAAUCGCAUCAAGAUGUGCAUCGCCUGCACUGACAUCUGUCCUAAAGCCUGUGACGGUAUAGGUACAGCCAGUCUGCAGUCAGCCCAGACCGUGGACUCCAGCAACAUAGACAAGUUCACCAACUGUACCAAGAUCAAUGGAAACCUGGUCUUCCUCAUCACUGGCAUUAAAGGGGAUGUGUACCACAACAUUAGAGCUUUGGAUCCAGAGAAGCUGAAUGUAUUCCGGACUGUUAGGGAGAUCACAGGUUUCCUGAACAUCCAGUCGUGGCCAGAGAACAUGACAGACCUGAGUGUCUUCUCCAAUCUGGCAACCAUAGGAGGCAGAGCUCUCUACAGUGGUAUCGCUCUCCUAGUGUUGAAGCAGCAGAGGAUAUCGUCCCUCCAGCUCCAAUCCCUGAAAGAGAUCAGUGCUGGUAACGUGUACAUCACCAAUAACAGCCAGCUGUGCUUCUACAACACUGUCAACUGGACCGGCCUGUUCAGAGCCAACAACCAGAAGGUCCUCAUACGCAACAACAGAGACCCCAAAGAGUGCACUACUGAGCGGAUGGUGUGUGACCCUCUGUGUUCGGACGCUGGCUGCUGGGGGCCGGGACCAGACCAGUGCCUAUCCUGUCGCUACUUCAGUAGGGGACGCAUCUGUGUGGACACCUGCAAUCUCUAUGAAGGGGAGGUGCGUGAGUAUGACAACGGCUCGGUGUGUGUGGAGUGUGAUGCCCAGUGUGAGAGAGCAUAUGGUGACUCCCUGACCUGUCAUGGCCCGGGUCCGGAUCACUGUGUGAAGUGUCUUCACUUUAAAGAUGGUCCUAACUGUGUGGAGAAGUGUCCCGACGGCCUUCAGGGGGCCAACAGCUUCAUCUUUAAAUAUGCCGAGGCCAACAAUGAGUGCCAUCCCUGUCACUCUAACUGCACUCAGGGGUGUAUUGGACCCAGACUGCAGGACUGUAUUGGCAUGAUGGACAGGACUCCCCUGAUUGCGGCCGGGGUGAUAGGGGGCCUCUUCGUGGUGGUCAUCGUGGCUCUGAGCGUAGCUGUGUCUGUCCGCAGGAAGAGCAUCAAGAAGAAGAGAGCCCUGCGACGCUUCCUCGAGACAGAGCUGGUGGAGCCCCUAACACCUAGUGGUACAGCCCCUAACCAGGCCCAGCUCCGUAUCCUCAAAGAGACUGAACUCAAGAGGGUCAAGAUACUGGGCUCGGGGGCCUUCGGCACCGUCUACAAGGGUAUCUGGGUCCCGGAGGGCGAGACGGUGAAGAUCCCAGUGGCCAUCAAGAUCCUGAACGAGGCAACGGGACCCAAGGCCAACGUGGAGUUCAUGGAUGAGGCUCUGAUCAUGGCCAGCAUGGAACACCCCCACCUGGUCCGUCUCCUGGGGGUCUGCCUGAGCCCCACCAUCCAGCUGGUCACCCAGCUUAUGCCCCACGGCUGCCUGCUCGAUUACGUCCACGAACACAAGGACAACAUCGGCUCCCAGCUGCUGCUCAACUGGUGUGUCCAGAUCGCCAAGGGUAUGAUGUACCUGGAGGAGAGGAGACUGGUGCACAGAGACCUAGCAGCCCGUAACGUGCUGGUCAAGUCCCCCAACCACAUCAAGAUCACUGACUUUGGUCUGGCUCGGCUGCUGGACAUCAAUGAGAAGGAGUACAAUGCUGACGGGGGCAAGAUGCCAAUCAAGUGGAUGGCCUUGGAGUGUAUCCACUACAGGAAGUUUACCCACCAGAGUGACGUGUGGAGCUACGGGGUGACCAUUUGGGAACUGAUGACGUUCGGGGGGAAGCCCUAUGAUGGCAUCUCGACCCGGGACAUCCCAGACCUGCUGGAGAAGGGAGAGCGUCUGCCCCAACCUCCCAUCUGCACCAUAGAUGUCUACAUGGUCAUGGUGAAAUGUUGGAUGAUAGACGCAGACAGCAGGCCCAAGUUCAAGGAGCUGGCUGCAGAGUUCUGUAGGAUGGCCCGGGACCCCCAGCGCUACCUGGUCAUCCAGGGUGAUGACCGUAUGAAGCUCACCAGCCCCAACGACAAUAAGUUCUUCCAGAGCCUGCUGGAUGAGGAGGAGCUGGAGGAUCUGAUGGAUGCUGAGGAGUACCUGGUCCCUCACGCCUUUAAUAUCCCACCACUGGCGUACACACCCAGGACACACGUUGACUCCAAUAGGAACCAGUUUGUGUACCAAGACCCUAGUUUCGAUAUGGAGGACAUGUUGGGGACCAUCCCGCGGGUGCUGUCCCUGUCACCAGGGAACCAGUCUGCAGGGGGGCAGGGCGGUAGCGGCCCGGAGCACCAACGCUUCGAGGACCAGCGCUGUAACGGCACCCUGAGGAAGCAGGCAACUCCCCGGCCCGCGGGACCUCCUGGAUCAGACGGAGCACCAGCCUCAGGUCCAGGGGAGAGCAGCAGUGGACAGCGCUACAGUGCAGACCCCACCAUCAUGCUGGGGGAGAGAGGAGCUAGAGGAGACACCGACCAGGAUGGAUAUAUGACCGCCAUGAGGGAGAAGGCCUCCUCAGACUAUCUCAACCCUGUGGAGGAGAACCCGUUCGUGACGCGCCGGAGGAAUGGAGACGCCCUAACCCUGGACAGCUGUAACCCCUAUCAGGUGGCCCCCAGCGGCCCCCAACAUGCCGGCUCCGGCCCCAGAGUGGAGGACGAAUACGUCAACGAGCCCCUCUACCUCAACACCUUCCACAACCCCGGAGGCCCAGGUCCAGGUGUGGGAGACUACAGUGACUACACCCUGAAGAAGAAUGGGGUCACUGGGGGACACAACCCUGCCCUCGCCACCCUGGUAGGCCAGCCAGGCGCCACUGGCCUCACUGCUGGCCAAUCAGGCACUGCCCAGGCAGGAAACCCUGCUCACAACGUCCAGGCAGCCCACGCCCAUGGAGUCUCUGCACAACCGGGAUACGCCGUACCUCCAGGGCUCGGUGCGGCCGGCGCCCACCCAGGCCACCCCUCCCACCCAGCCCACCCCGGGUACACCCUUCACCCCGGCCUCACAGGCACCAUCAUGUUAGACAAGAAAAAUAGACAAGACAAGAACAAGACGUUUGAAAAUCCAGAGUACUGGCAGCAUAGCCUCCCUCCCAAGGCCACCCUGCACAACCCUGAGUACCUGCAGGACUGCAGCACACGCUUCUUCUACCGGCAGAACGGACGCAUCCGGCCCGCAGUGGCCGAGAACCAGGAGUACCUGACAGAGUUCGCCCUGAAACCUGGGACCGUGCUGCCGCCCCCACCCUACAGACAGAGGAACACUGUGGUGUAACGGGGAGGAGGGAUGAAGAGGAAAGAAGGACUGGGCCAGGAAAGGUGGAAGACAAUGGGAGGAGGAGGGGAGAAUGCGAGUGGACAGUCCCUCUCUCACUCAGCCACACAGUAUUUACGUAUCAACCCUGGAUCCCUUCACCAGCACUGGACUGACACAUUUGAACUGACACUGGAUUACAGUAACAUUACAGUAAUAUUACAAUAUACGACAGUGUUGAGAGCCUCCCACCUCCAAUGAACCCAGGACUGAUAUUCUCCUCUCUGUCUGUCUAUGUCCUCUACACUGGAUUACAGUAACAUUACACAGAAGUACUACAGUAAUAUUACAGUAAUAUACACUGGAGGUUUUCACAGAUUUACCUGUAACUGAAUACCCGAGACCCGAUCCGGGACCAGAGCGGGUUCUGAUCCAGAAUUCUAAAUAAUGUCACGGGUCUGGGUCGGAUCUGAUAUGAUUGUCACGGGUCUCGGGUAUGUGUAAUUUUAACUAACUUGUCCGGAAGGACCCGUAAAGAUCCGAACACGACUGCUGCAGAAGAGAGGGAGAGAGCGAAAUAGUGUAAUUUAUGCUGCUACUCUUGCUUUUCACGAGAAUAGCGCGUGUAGUUUGUUGUUGUUGUUGGCCAAUCAUAAAUCAUCAAAGUGGCAAUAGGCUACAGUCAUAGAG